AUGCAGAGCGGAGAGCGAGGCGUUCUUCCCAGUCGUAAGGGGGCUUUUCCACACGCUCCACAGACUCGGAACCUUCUGCUUCGCGUGUCUUGGCUUCCGCCGGCGGGUGUCCUCGUCACACCAGCCCCCGCCAUGGCAGCAGAGGGGAAGGACCCGCUGGGAUUUUUCGCCGCUUACGGCAGCGAUAACAGCUCCAGCGCCGGCUCAGACUCGGAAGGUGAGGAAGCUCCUGACUUAGGCCGGCGGCCGCCAUCGCAGACGCAGAGGGGGAGUCCUGAGGGGAAGCCUCCGUUACCCAGGCCGGAGGAGCUUUUCCGUAGCGUGAACCGGCCGGCCUUCCUCUACAACCCCUUGCACAAGGAGAUCGACUGGGAGAGCCGGGUCCUGCGGGCGCCUGAGGAGAGCGGAGAGCGAGAGCGAGAGCGAGGCGUUCUUCCCAGUCGUAAGGGGGCUUUUCCACACGCUCCACGGACUCGGAACCUUCUGCUUCGCGUGUCUUGGCUUCCGCCGGCGGGUGUCCUCGUCACACCAGCCCCCGCCAUGGCAGCAGAGGGGAAGGACCCGCUGGGAUUUUUCGCCGCUUACGGCAGCGAUAACAGCUCCAGCGCCGGCUCAGACUCGGAAGGUGAGGAAGCUCCUGACUUAGGCCAGCAGCCGCCAUCGCAGCCGCAGAGGGGGAGUCCUGAGGGGAAGCCUCCGUUACCCAGGCCGGAGGAGCUUUUCCGUAGCGUGAACCGGCCGGCCUUCCUCUACAACCCCUUGCACAAGGAGAUCGACUGGGAGAGCCGGGUCCUGCGGGCGCCUGAGGAGCCUCCUAAGGAAUUCAAGUCAUGGAAUACAAAUGCUGUACCACCCCCUGAGACUUACAGUGUUAAAGAAACCAAGCCUCCACCACCUCCUGAGCUUGAUAUGGCAAUAAAAUGGUCUAAUAUGUAUGAGGAUAAUGGCGAUGAUGCUCCAAGGCAUACAAACAAGGUCAACUUCUUGCCAGAAGAAGAGCAAGAACAUUUAGAAUUGGAUGAUGAGAAUGAUGAACCAGUUUCAGUUAAGAAACGCAAGCUAGACCCCGAGGAGCAGACAAAGAAGAAAAAGCGAUGAGCUGGACAAAGUUUCACUCCUGAAAACUGUAUUACUGGAUAUAUAGGACAUCUGCUGUGUCUUUGACUAUGGGAACAAGAGAAGAAACAGCAUUGUGAACAAUGCAGCACAUUUAAGGGUCUGUGAAAUAUCAUUCAGGAAACCCUGAAAUGUAUUGGUUGGUAGUGUUGUAGAUUUCAUACCUACUAACCCAAAUGUUUCCAUUAAAAAACCUUUUUAUUAAAACAAUCUUCUUAGAAUAGUAUGGUAAAUAUCUGUGCAAUGCUAGUUAAGGAGAAAGGUGAGAAUGGUUUACUGCACUGCUGUUGUGGUAGAAGGGUUUUUAAAUUAAGAAAUGGCAUUUCUAGGAAACACUUUAAACUAUGUAUUGUGGUAUCACUAUUUUGAAAUGUAUGUAAAGAAUAUAAAUUGGUCACUGAGAAUAAAACUCUGUGUUUGAAGGGUUUCUUGUAGCUUGACUACAAAUCUGGAUACAACCUGGUUAGGAAAACUGCUCUUCGCAGCAUUGAAAAUAGAGUGUUUCUAUAUCUAUAAAUGGUGUGUGUUUGCUCAAAGCUUCUAGUAUGCUUUGGGGAGGAUAUGUCUAGUUUUGUACUCUGAAAGUGCUCGCGCGCUCUCUCUCUCUCUCUCUCUCUCUCUCUCUCUCUCUCUCUCUCUCUCUCUCUCUCUAUAUAUAUAUAUAUAUAUAUAUAUAUGUAUAGAAACAUAUGCCCUUCCCAUUAAUUAUGACCAGUGCGAGGAGGAAAAUCAUAUCUAUGCCCCACCUUCUCAGGAUAUCAAUUGAUGGCAAUGUGGUUUAGAAUCUUCUCUGCUGUGUCUCCCACACUCUGGAGCUGAUGGAGGUCUGCCUGAGCUAGUAUAGGCAGGUACAAACUUUUCAGGCAGACUUUCUAGCUAUGAGUGGACUAGUUUUUAUACUCUGGUUUUGGGUUUUGUGUUUUUUUAAAAAAAAAUAGAGCUUUAUUGUAUUAUGUCAGCUUUAUUGUAUUUUAUGUCAGCUUUUUGGACCAUGGUUUUGGAUAAUUUUGAUCAAUUAAAAAAUUAAUUGUA